AGCGGGCCUGGGCGGAUGUCUCCAGCGCUGUGGGGCAGGGGUAUGAGGGCCGCGGUGGUUGCCAGCGUGGGAUUGAGCGAGGGGCCCGUGGAUUCCCGGAGCGGCCGCCUCCUCCGCCCGCCAAGCCCCGCUCCGGCGGCGCCGGGGGCCCGGCUGUUGCGGCUCCCAGGCAGCGGGGCCGGACAGGCCGCAAGCCCCGAGCGCGCCGGCUGGACCGAGGCGCUGCGGGCCGCCGUGGCCGAGCUGCGCGCCGGCGCCGUGUUGGCCGUCCCCACCGAUACGCUGUACGGCCUGGCCUGCUCGGCGAGUUGCUCGACGGCGCUGCGCGAUGUGUACCGCCUCAAGGGCCGCAGCGAGGCCAAGCCGCUGGCCGUAUGCCUGGGCCGCGUGGUCGACGUCUACAGGUACUGCCGUGUGAGAGUACCCGAGGAGCUCCUGAAAGACCUGUUGCCAGGACCAGUGACCCUGGUGAUGGAACGCUCAGAGGCUCUUAACAAGGAUCUGAAUCCCUUUACCCCUCUUGUAGGCAUCCGGAUUCCUGACCAUGCCUUUAUGCAAGACUUGGCCCAGAUGUUUGGGGGACCUCUUGCUCUCACUAGUGCCAACCUCAGCUCCCAGGCCAGUUCUCUGAAUGUCGAGGAGUUCCAAGACCUGUGGCCUCAUUUGUCCUUGGUCAUUGAUGGGGGACCAAUUGGGGAUGGCCAGAGCCCUGAGUGUCGUCUUGGCUCAACUGUGGUUGAUUUAUCUGUACCUGGAAAGUUUGGCAUCAUUCGUCCAGGCUGUGCCCUGGAAAGUACUACGGCCAUCCUCCAACAGAAAUAUGGGCUGCUUCCCUCACAUGGAUCCUGCUUGUGAAACUCGGGAGGAGGGAAGGCCCAAGGACCGGCGCUGGAUACUAUGUGUCUGUCCACUGGUGGUUGGCGAGGCCUCAUUUGCAGAGGCCGCUGGAGCUACAUCACUAGCCUGACCGGUUAGGCCAUGCAUCUUUCCGAACACUGUAGACCAAGCCCCAGAAGCUGCUGGGGGAAAGGUUGUAUUUAUUAUUUAUAAUUGAAUAUGUCAGCCAAAAGCUGAAUGGAGAGGUUAAGAACAUUCCUAGGUGGCCUUGUUCUGAUAAGUUCCUUCUCUCCUCUUUUUUAAUUGAAAAGUAUUUUAAGUAACAGACUUGGAAUCU